UAUCGCAGGCGGCUGGAGGACAUCUAAUGAUGCACCGGAGGCGGAGGCAACAAGGAGCGCGCCGGUGCCUCGGGUAAACCGGGGGAGUCUCACUUCGGACAGCCACCGGUUUCAGAUCGGACCUCUCCGCCACCGUAUUCCUCACGCGCAAACAUUUUGACUUUACGCACGUAUUUAAUCCGGUCUUUCAAUCAAGAAUUGGAUUUUACGCAACUUUUUUUGGAGAUUCGGCACACCGGCUAUCCUCCUGUGGAUGGAUGGCAAGCGGUUUCUCUGCUGUCCUACGUGUGUGUGUGUGUGUGUGUGUGUGUGUGUGUGUGUGUGUGUGUGUGUGUGUGUGUGUGUGUGUGUGUGUGAGGCGUCCGCUCACACCGGGACAUCCGUCCAUCUACAGUCAGCUCAAACCCGCGCGCCUCUUUGGGCACAAACUCAUCCAAGAGCGCACAGAGGAAACCUUUGUAAACCCCAAGCGGAGCGCACUGCGAUGGCAACAAAGUCAAGCCCGAGACGCACGAGCCAUCCACAGUGAGCUCUCGUCGGACUGAACCAUGCUGGACUGCUCGGAGAGUUGUGCGUCCAGAGAAAGAGAAAAAUCAGCAGCAGUCGCUUAGCGGACAGGAAGUGGACUAAUUAUUGUCAAACCCCGUCCCUCAUUUCCAUAUCUAGCGUGAGUUGGCUGGAACGCAGCCAACCCCCCCCCCCCCCCCCUGUUCGAAGGGCAGCAGCGACAGUCGUAAAAGCGUUAUCCUCUUCCUCCAUCACACUGACAUGCGCAAUCUGCGCACGGGCAUCGACAGCAGCCGCAGUCGCCGUGCGCCUCCUCCCGCGGCCCCGCUCCCUCCGAACGGCUCCACCCGCCGCUCGUAGAUGAGCUGGCGGGCGGCGCGCGGCGAGUCGCACCGAGAGAGAAAGGGAGAGAGGGAGAGAGAGAGCGAGCAACAUGUCCCGUCGCAAGCAAGCCAAGCCGCAGCCCCUGCGGCCAGAGGACGAGGCGACGCGCGGCGGACUCCUCGUCGCGAGCGGCAUCAUGGCCCUCUAUGAUGAGAGAGAUGAGACCGAUAGGCGCCGCCACAGCUGCGAGGACACACACACCUGUGAUAAAUGCUGUGCUGAGUUCCUCACUUGGACUGAACUGAGUGAACAUCAGACAGUCUGCACUGAGGAUCCCUUGGUGCUGAUAGUAAAGGGCGACGACAGGGUGCCGGCUCUCGAGGAGUCUCCUGUCGGAGCCUCUCCGGUUCCCAGCGUGGCGUCCAGUGACUCAUCCGUGGCCGGGUCCUUGUACACAGGAUUUGAACUGGGGGAGAAGCUGGCGAAAGACAAUGUCAGGCUGGACAAUUUAGAGGACAGCGGCGAGAGCGAUGAGGCCAUGGAGCUCGAGCGGGACAAAAACGCAGAUUCGGCCGAGUCCACCUGCGCCCAGGUGUCGGCUGCUGGCAGCUACGGCGUGACAAGUACAAACGUGACGCUGGAGAUCCUCCACGGCACCAGGGUGGCCGUCGCUCAGUUCUCCCAGGGGAUCGGCAGGGCUUGCACCGGGGUGAAGGCGGCUUCAGCGACGAUCCCGGCGAUCCUGGAGCACCUGCUGGCUCUGCAGCAGCAACAGGUCCACCAGCUGCAGCUCAUUGAGCAGAUCUGCAGCCAGGUCGCAGUCAUGAACCGACAACCGACACUGGCGGCGCUAAACCCGGUCACCCGAUCUCUGUCCCUCGCACCGAACUCUUUCCCUCGCCAAGGCAUCGCCUCCCCUCCGAUCCUGCCGCUGUCGGGAACGAUGCCCUCCGCCGUCAGCGGCCAAGCUGCGGUUUCUCUGUCCUCCGUGCUGGAGAAGCCAUACGGUCUCCCCUCACUAACUGUAUGCACCCAGUCCACCUUUAAAGAUGUGGCUGGUUCCUCGGCCCCCUCGGAAAAUCCAAACCCUGCUCUCCAAUCCACUAAUCCAACGCUACUGCCUUCUUACGCAGGCUCGCACACCGGCAGCGUGAGCUGUCCUCAGACACUGAGCUCCUCCAGGACUCUCCCCCUGGGGCCCAGCAGCUCAUCCUCCAGCCUCCCAUUUCUACCUCAGAGCCCCCCGAGCGGCGUCAUUUUCCCCAAUCCGUUGGCGAGCAUCGCCGCCACAGCCAACGCACUUGACCCCCUCGCAGCCCUGAUGAAGCACAGGAAGGGCAAGCUGCCCGGCGCGCCCUUGUUCGAAACCAAGCCCAGCCCGGAAGAACCCUUCUUCAAGCAUAAAUGCAGAUUCUGUGCCAAAGUGUUUGGCAGCGACAGCGCUCUGCAGAUCCACCUGCGCUCCCAUACAGGAGAGCGACCCUUCAAGUGCAACAUCUGCGGCAAUCGCUUCUCCACAAAAGGCAACUUAAAGGUACACUUCCAGAGGCAUAAAGAGAAGUAUCCUCACAUUCAGAUGAACCCUUACCCGGUACCAGAGUAUCUGGACAAUGUGCCAACAAGUUCUGGGAUUCCCUACGGAAUGUCCUUCCCUCCAGAAAAACCCUCCUCCUCAUGGCUGGAGAGCAAACCUGUUGUAGCAGCUCUGCCAGCCACCAUGGGCCUUCCGCUUUCCUCCACUAUUACCAGCAUCGGAGGCUCAAAUGACUCUGUAAGCGUAACACCAUCCGUUAAAUCUCCCUACCAGCCAGGCCCUGGUGAAUGUGUAUCUUUGUCACCCAACCACAGGGGCAAUGAGGCUCAUCUCUCUCCUGUUUCACCGUCUCCUCUGCCCCACUAUGAAACAGACGCGUCCAAUAUACUGCAAACAGAGGGGGUGCACCUGCCCCAGAAUUGCUCCCUGAGACUAAAAGCCAACCCGGUAACAGAAGCAACCAGCACAGCGAUGCCACCUUUGGCCACUACGCCAGAACCCGUCCCCUCGGCGUCCCCAGUCUCUCUCUCCCCGCCCCUUUCAUUCAGCCCAGACGACGCUAAAUUCCAAAGCGGUGGCUUACUGGACUCUAUGCAACCGUCCGAAACCUCAAAGCUCCAGCAGCUGGUGGAGAACAUCGACAAAAAGAUCACGGACCCCAACCAGUGUGUCCUCUGUCACCGCGUCCUCAGCUGUCAAAGUGCGCUGAAGAUGCACUACCGCAUUCACACCGGCGAGAGACCCUAUAAAUGCAAAGUGUGCGGCAGGGCUUUCACCACCAAGGGGAACCUGAAGACCCACGUCAGUGUUCACCGAGAAGAUGCCCCCGUUCACGUGCAACACUCAUGUCCCAUUUGCCAGAAGAAGUUCACCAACGCUGUUGUCCUCCAGCAGCACAUUCGUAUGCACAUGGUGGGGCAGAUUCCGGACUCGACCCUGGUGGACGGGCUCCAAGAGAUGGACGGCGAAGCGUACCUCAACGAGAGAAGCUUUAACAGCCUCAGCAGCAACGACAAUGACCUUGUUGAUGACGUCUCAAUGGAGGACGAGGACGAGGAAGAGGAGGUAGAAAACAUGGAAGAGGUUGUAAAUCCAUCCAAACCCUUGAUUUCUGAAUGUAAUUCUCCUCCUAAGUCCUCCAGCAUUGUUUCCAGUUUAGCUGCACUGGAGAACCAAAUGAGGAUGAUUGACUCCGCUCUAAGCGCAAACCACUCCUUCGGCAUAAAACCCCUGACAAAUGGCUUCGAUGACAGCUGCAAAAUCACUACGAAAUACUCGCCAUCGGAGAAGAGGCCACAGAAUUGCAGCGCCAAUGCGUCGGAGUCCUCCUGUUCCCCCCGUGUGUCAGUGUCCCCGGGUCAAAGCAGCUCAGAGGGCGUGACCAUGAAAUGCCCUUCAGUGAGCAGCAAAAGGCCGGAGCCCCAAGAGCCUUCUGCAGCCUCGGUGAAGAGGGAGCAAUGCGAGUCUCCGGCACAGGAGCUGAGAGGAGUACAGGCCAGCGAGCUCUGUGUGAAAGAGGAGACUCCUUAUUGUAUGUCAUUCCAGCUGAGCAGAGAAAGAGCUGCAGGUCACGGCAUCCCCAUCCAGGUCACCAGCACGCCGUCGGGCCUGGUUAAAGCCGAGGUGAACGGUCACGGUGGUCUCCCACACAACAAGUCGGAAGGGCAGCACCCGCCGUUCAGUGUCCACAUCCCCCCGGCGUACGCAUCAAUCGGCGGCUCAGGAAUGGCGUCCCUGCUCGGCCCGACGCCCUCCCGGCGAAUGCCGAAGCAGCACAACUGCAACGCCUGUGGGAAGAACUUCUCGUCGGCCAGCGCCCUGCAGAUCCACGAGCGCACGCACACCGGAGAGAAACCGUUCGUGUGCUCCAUCUGCGGCAGAGCUUUCACCACGAAAGGCAAUCUGAAGGUCCACAUGGGAACUCACAUGUGGAAUAACGCGCCGGCCAGAAGAGGUCGGCGUCUGUCGGUGGAGAAUCCCAUCGCCCUGCUGAGUGGGGAGGCGGGGAAGUUUGGAGAGAUGUUUCAGAAGGACCUGGCAGCUCGAGCAAUGAAUGUAGACCCUGGAUUUUGGAACCGCUACGCCACAGCCAUCGCCAACAGCCUGGCCGCCAAGAACAACGAGAUCUCAGUGAUCCAGAACAGAGGCAUCUCUCAGCUGCACCCUCUGACUGCGGGCAUGAACAGAGUGAGCGCCACAGGAAGUCCAAUAACCAGUCUAACCAAGACCGGCAUGGACCUGGGAAAUAAUUGGCAUUCUUCUAUGCUCAUCGAUGACAGCAAAGAAAUUGGAAUCAAUUGAACAGAUGAAUGGAGACUUGAUACUUAUGCAAUCUAUAAUGGACAUUAAAAUAUUUUGUAAAUCAUCUCGUUUUUUCUUAUGUAUUAUAUAUAGACUAAAGAAAGAACUUGUUGUGAAUUGACAGAAAAUUCUAGGGUAUUCACAUUUUGCUGUUUGACUUUGCCGUCAUUUGUGAAUGUUUUCUUUUGUUCGCAUUAAAUAAGUUGGUUAACAUGUUCCUCAAAAUUCCUACGGUGCUGAGACGUAUAGUUGCUCUGUAGAAGGGGACAUAUGUUCAAAUCAAUAAUGCAAAGAGUCCGGACAGCUGCCCAAUGCUGCGGGUGCAAAGCACAAAACAUGCUCAUAAAUAUCCACAAUUACCAGUUGUGAAUGUUACGGUGGAAUCGGUUGGGUCUGAAUAAAAACUAGAACAAAGUCUGUACAUUCAAUUCAAUUCCUUACUCUGUUUAAACACUGAAAAGAGAUGUCUUGGUUAUUUUUGCAUACAAAGUUCUUCUGAGUAAAAAGUUACACUUUA